AAAAAAAUGAAGGGGGAGAAGGGGUGAAGGGAGUAAAUAAGUGGUCGGUCUUUGGAGCCAAAGCUCCCUCUUUUCAAACCUCUCUUCACUCUCUCUCAGUGGCGCCGUCCCUAUCUCUCUCUCUCUCUUCUCGGAUCCAUCCCGACCCGCUCCGCCCAAAUCCAAUUCUCUCCAUCGGUAACUAAACCCUUCUCUUCUCCAUCUUCUAAAUCUCUUUUCCUUUGUUUCUUUCUUUAAUUUUUUUUUUAUCGCUGGUAUUUGUUUGUUAGUGUAGUUUUAUUUUAAUGGAAAGAUGAAUUUAAUCUUCUUUCAAGCAUCGUCGGAUUGUUGGUUGAAUUCGUUGGUGAAUUUCGCGAGGAUUGUUUUGUAGCUCUUUUUUAUCUUUUUUGUCCGUAGUAAAUUUAGUGGGGUUUUUGAGAAGUCUUGAAAAGUAAAUUUUGUUAUUAUUAUUGUUUUGUUUUUGGUUUUACCUGUGUUCGUAGUGGUAAAAGAGAAGCAAUAGGGAUCCUUCUUAUGUUGGUAGCUGAGUUGUUGUUGGUUAAUGUUAUUCUCCUGACUAAUUUUAGCUCCUUUUUUGCUGUUUAUUUGUUUUCUUCUUAUAUGUAAAUGAUUACUUUUUAAACCUAAAUGAAUUCGUAUGUUUUGGAUAGAGCGUGAUGGCAACUUCCCCAAUAGCAUGAAUUCUUAGUUUUUAUUUUUUGUUGUCUUUUUCAGAGUUUUUUUUUUUUUCUUUUGUCGUGUUUGCAAUUUGUGGGAAAUCAGUUGCUUCGAUUGUAGAAUUGGUCGUUGUGUUAACCUACUAGAAGAAUGUAUUUAAGGGCAGUCUGGUGCAUAGAGAUUCCCCCAUAUGUGGGGUCCAGGAAGUGUAGGCCAAUUACAGCUCGAGUGCAUAGGAACUCCUGCAUAUGUGAGGUUUAUAAGUUCGGCAGCCUGUAAGAGUCUGUUCUGACAAAUCCGCAUGAAGCGCUGGUCUUAUAGCUGUUUUAAGGCAGUGAUGUGGUAAACAGAGAAGAAUUAGCUGUUUCCUCAAUUUUGAAGCCACUGAAUUGCAUGGAAUUGUCUAUGCAAUACUGACGUUUGGCAUGUUUGUUCCCCUUCUUGCAUUUGGAGCUUUUCAGUUUAUCCAUUGGUCUUGUUUACAAGAAUUGCAACUGUACAUUCUUCCAUUUGGGGAUAGGUUCUUUUUUUAUGACUCAAAUGAUCAACACGGAAUCUAUUAGCAAUGGCGUUGUUGAAGGUGGAGUUGCAAUUCCUGCAUACAAGCAGGGUAGUGGUAUUAUUGGAUUCACUGCUCAAGACAAGCAGCCUCAGGGUGUAAUGAAAAAGACGGCACUCAGAGAUGUGCAGAAUCAAUGUAGUGCCGUGACACAGAACCAUCAUGAUAAUUUGGGCUUUCUUACUGGAGGAGGAUCCAAUAAGGAUAAUACAGUUAAAGUUUGUGGCACUAAGAGACUUACUCCAGAACGUCCUUCAACUUCUCCUUUGUUUCCCACCGUAGUUAAUUAUUGUGAAAAUGAGCACGUUGUGAAUGCUCGUAGAAGAUUUGAUCUAGAACUAGGCAGCAAAGCAAAUUUUCAAAGCAGUAUUAACAAAUUCAUUAGUCCUCCUCAGUCAACGCAAUCACAGCAGUUGCCACAAGAAAUUCCAGAAAAGAAGCAGACGUCUUCAAAGGCAAAUAGUAAACUUUGUGUUCUGAAUAACGUUCCAUCGGCUAACAGUUCAUUCGGUGCGCUAUCAGGUCCAAAUUUCCAAGGGAAGAUUUCCUCUGGGAUGCCGGCGAUGCAAGCUGUUUCUACUGACUGUAAUGUUACUACUGAUGAGCAGUCAAGGGCUGAACGUUAUAUUACCCUGCAGAAGUUCUUGAAGGAAUGUGAUCAGCCUGACUAUAGUGAGGCUUACCUUCAAGGUAAGAGUAUGAAUUCCUGGAUAUGUAUUUGUAGUCUAAUGCUUAACUAUCGAUUUAUUUGCCAACAAAUUGGCUGUUUUGAUUCAGGUCUUCGUCACCUAUCCCCUGCGGAGCUCAGCAGACGUGCACAAGAUUUGGAGAGCAGAUUAUAUAAAUUAGCCGUUGAUGACUGCACUGAAAUGAAUAGGAUGAAGGCCCUUAAUGUCUUGGGAAAAUCUUCAAUUACGAGCAAUCUACCACAAAGCUGCUCAGCUGCCACUGCCCAGAAGAUAAACCUGUGUCGUUGACUUGGAAAUUCCCACAAACUUGCGGAGAUUCAUCUAAGGAUAAAAAGUCAGAAGCAAGGGCUCUGGUUUACUUCUUGAAACCCAACCAACUCCAUCUUCCCUGGUCAGUCAGCUGGAGACUUGAAGUGGAGGAAUUUUUACACGGUGGAAACUGAUGCCUCAUUUUUCAGAUAUAAAUCGCAUGCUUCAGUCACUUGCCCAGCUUCAUUAGCUUCAUUUUUAAACUGGUUAGCAAUUCACUAUAUUUCGAGAUUGACUUUGAGUUAUGCAAAGAUAUUAUGAGAAGGUGAUAGUUUUUGAAACGUAGGCUUUUUUCUAGUCAAUGUUAGUAUGUUUUUCAAUCAUGCUUUACCUGGACAUUUUAUACUAGUGAUAAAAUGUAUAGGAAGUAGCUCUUACCUGACUAGAAUUUCAUCUUUCUAGUCCUGGAACAUAUUUGUAGCAAGUGAUCCCUGGUUGGGAUUAAGCUGGCGUGAAUUUUCAUGAUGAAAUUUUGAAUUGAACUGUCUAAUGUUCAAAGUUUAAAUCAUGCAACCCAAGCAGGUGGCAACACUACUGAGUUUGUAGUCGUAGCCGGCUAGCCGGUACAAAACCC